GCAAAGAGGCCUGCAGCCCCAUCAUGGGAGACCCCUUCAUCCGUCACAUUGCCCUCCUGGGCUAUGAGAAGCGCUUCGUGCCUAGCCAACACUAUAGGGAAUCACACAAUAUCUGACUGAAUUCUUUGAUCUUGCUUCACGUGUACAUGUUCCUGGUGAAAUGGCAGGACCUGUCAGAGAAGGUGGUCUACCGGCGCUUCGCCGAGAUCUACGAGUUCCACAAAAUCUUAAAGGAAAUGUUCCCGAUCGAGGCGGGGGACAUCAACCCCAAUAACCGGAUCAUCCCCCACCUGCCAGCCCCCCGGUGGUUUGAUGGCCAGCGGACAGCCGAGAGCCGCCAGGGCACGCUCACCAAGUACUGCAGUGCACUCAUGGGCCUGCCCACCAAGAUCUCCCGCUGCCCCCACCUGCUUGACUUCUUCAAGGUGCGCCCGGAUGACCUCAAGCUGCCCACGGACAGCCAGGCGAAGAAGCCGGAGACAUACCUGAUGCCCAAGGAUGGCAAGCCUAAUGCAGCGGACAUCACCGGGCCCAUCAUCCUGCAGACGUACCGCGCCAUCGCUGACUACGAGAAGAGCUCGGGCUCUGAGAUGGCUCUGGCCUCGGGCGAUGUGGUGGACGUAGUGGAGAAGAACGAGAGCGGCUGGUGGUUCUGCCAGAUGAAGGUGAAGCGUGGCUGGGUCCCGGCGUCCUACUUGGAGCCCCUGGACAGUCCUGAUGAGGCGGAGGACCCAGAGCCCAACUAUGCAGGUGAGCCCUAUGUCACCAUCAAGGCCUACACUGCUGUGGAGGAGGAUGAGGUGUCCUUGGGUGAGGGUGAGACCAUCGAGGUCAUUCAUAAGCUCCUGGACGGCUGGUGGGUCAUCAGGAAAGAGGACGUCACAGGCUACUUCCCGUCCAUGUACUUGCAAAAGUCAGGGCAGGACCUGGCCCAGGCCAAACGCCAGAUCAAGAGCCGAGGGGCGCCGCCCCGCAGGUCGUCCAUCCGCAACGCGCAGAGCAUCCACCAGCGGUCGCGGAAGCGCCUCAGCCAGGACACCUACCGCCGCAACAGCGUCCGCUUCCUGCAGCAGCGCCGUCGCCAGGCGCGGCCGGGACCGCAGGGCGCUGUCGCCCCGCUACAGGAGCAGCCGCAGGCGGAGCGUCCGAAGCCACAGCCCGCGGUGCCCCCGCGGCCCAGCGCCGACCUUAUCCUGCACCGCUGCAGCGAGAGCACCAAGCGGAAGCUGGCGUCGGCCGUCUGAGCCGCCCCAGACGGCAUCCUGGCCUCUCCGUCCCCUUUCCCGCUCCUGGCUCCAGGAAGGCUCCCUGUAUAUACCUGCCGUCCAACCUGGCUACCCGCCACCCUCAAUAAACGUUGCUUGUAAUGUACAGAGACUCUGCCUUUGGUGG